CCCGAGUUUCCGUUGUGCGUCCGUCUCGUGCCGUCGCGAGAACCGCGUCCGCGACCGUUUCUGGUCGGUUUUAUCUCCGGGAAAUAUAUACGAAAAAUCCGGGCGUAACAUUGUAAUAUCAUUGGAUUGUGUACACGCGACGUUGUUGUUGCUGUGCGCGUACCGAACACGGAAUUCCCAAACAAACGGUUGAAACGUUAAACUAAAAAAACAGAAACAUAAUAAAAUAUAUAAACAUUUUUUACUCUAUACGAAAUCACGCUCGCCCCGUGUCGUCACGCAUAUGUUAUACAGAUCGUGAUUCAUGUUUGAUAUUUUUUGAUCGAUUAUCGUUAAUAUUCUAUCGACGUCACCGUAAAUCGGAUCCGCAAUCCGGCGCGACAGCAAAAACCGCCCGUGUUUGUGCGUGUGCUAUCUCCGUCAUCGUCACCGGUGCGGUUCGUUUCGGGCGCAGUGUAUAUACGUAUAAUACGACGUACAACAUCGUACAACGUAAUAAUAUAAAAAUAUUAUAACACUGUUGUGUCGGUGUCGCGGUUGUGCGGGGGUGUUUGCGUUUGCGUGUGUGUGUGUGUGUGUGUGCGGGCGCGAAAUGUUGGCCGACGAAAUCCGUGUUCGCCAACGACGCUGACGAUACGAAACCGACCGGUGGAAAACCGAGGUUUCGAUCCGACCGCUGUAGCAGCGUUACGUCGCAUCGUUCGCAUCGCGAAUAAGUGAUAACAUUCGAGCCUCCAGUUCAGGCGCUGCCAUUCUUAGUUUACCGCGUGUUUUAUUUUUGACGGUUGUGCGAAUUUUUUAAGUCCACGAGGAUUUCAGCGACCAGAUCUUGUCGCAGUUGUCGACGAAGGAUAUCGUGAAAUUCUUCACUGACCAACGGACUGUCAACAGAACCGGAGAACGGAAAAAAAAAAUAAACGCGCCCCUUCUAAAUUGUCUCCACUUUGUUGUUUGUUUUAUGCAUUUUCUCUGCUCUGUGCGAUCGAUUCGCAUAGCUAUGUUGACAUUAACGGCACUGGAAGUAGACUUAAUGUCCUAGGGUGGUUAGGGUUAAAAAAAAAAUACUAAAGAGAGACGAGUAGUUAAAAGAAGAGUAGAAAAUAAAGAAAAAAAUAAGAUUUAAAAAAAAUUGUAAGCAAGGGGCGCGUUUACUGCACUUUAGGAGGAUGUACUCGACAAAAGUAACAGUUAUGACGUUCCUGGUGGCCAUAUUUGCAGUGAGCCCACUACAGUCUUCCGAAGAAAAAUACAACCCUCAGCAGCAGAAAAAACAGGUGUCCGAUUUUUUGGUCAGGCCGUUUUUCGACACGUCCGUAUCGUCCAACAUCACCACGCAACUGGGUGGUCACGCUUACAUGCCUUGCAGGGUCAAGCAGCUCGGUAACAAGUCGGUGUCAUGGAUACGGCGGCGGGACUCGCACAUACUCACCAUUGAUUGGUUGUUGUUUAUCGCCGACGAUAGAUUCCGGAUAUUUCUAGUAGAGCCCACGUGUACGUGGACGUUGCAGAUAAAAUAUGUACAGCCCAGGGACGCUGGCAUUUACGAAUGCCAAAUUAAUACAUCACCUAAAAUGAGCCAUUUGGUUCAGCUCAAUGUCGUAGUGCCAAAGAUCGAGAUCAUGGGCGAGUCGGACAUCCACGUGAUGGAGGGCAGCUCGGUGAGCCUGAAGUGCGUGAUCCGGCAGAGCGUCCGGGACCCGGACUACAUAUUCUGGUACCAGAACAACAAGCGGGUGCUGGACUACGGCAAGGGCGCCAAGGUGAUCAGCAGCGAGCGGUUGGACGCCAACACGAUGGUGGCCACGUUGACCAUCAACAACGCGGUGCGGCACGACUCGGGCAACUACACGUGUCAGCCGUCCAAUUUGGACUCGGCCAGCGCAUACCUGCACGUCUUGAACGGCGAACAUCCGGCCGCCAUACAACGGGGACACAGUUCCGGCACUCAGAUACCCAUCCGCCUGUUGGGACCUCUCUCGGCCGUGUUGGGGCUCAGCUCCAGCCACUCGACGAGGGCCGCCCUGCUGACGACCGCGUUCGCCGUCGACCUGGCCGUCCGGACGCUGUACUCGAUGAUCGUCUAAACGGGCGACACCAAGGGAGCCUAUCGCGAGCCCGCAGUACAGCCGCCGCCGAACCAACCGAACGACUUACAUACCAAAUAAUCAGAAAAAAAAAACCCCACAAAAAAUAUUACACACCACGUCGCCGACGGUUAAGCCACGUCCGAGUACGUGCAGCGAAGCGUAUAUCGAUGAAAUGCGCGCGAACACUGUGCGCGCACAACAUACAAUAAUAUGUUACCAAAAUUAAUUUUCCGACGUACAGUAUACCAAUAUCGCGCAAAGACGAUUUGUUUUCAUUAUUAUUAUUAAUAUUUAAAUUAUUACCACGCGACGAGUCUAUGUAUAUAAUAUUAAACUUGAACCGCGGGUGUCCGUCGGCGACGCGUUCUUUUCCGAACGUGUACAGUUUUUUACGUGUAUUUACUUAUAACUAUCAUCAUUAUUAUUAUUAUUAUUAUUGGAUGUCUAAUAAAAAAAAAAAAUUGAAAAAGUUACUGAUUAGCUUAAAAAUAACGGUAAAAAUUUUUUUAUUUUUUUUUCAAUUAUAUUACACAACCGUAUAUAUAUAUUAUAAUAUUAUACCUAAUAUACGUAUUGAGUUUACGGCCAAUUGACCAAUGAUUAUAUUAUAUUAUAUGUUAUGAUUUAUACCUAUUAUAUAAUAUUAUUAUUGUCAUAUUGUACAUAAUUGUCGAUAACCCGACAAACGAAUAAUGACGUACAGUGAUGGACUUGUAUUGUUCACUUGUAAAAAUUCUACAUUUGCUUAUUAUUUUGAUAUACAUUUUUUCAGGCAUUCCAAAAGUCCAUGAAAAUUAUGUGUUUAUAAAUAUUAUUCGAGAAAAAUAACUUAUAAUAAAUAAAACCAUAGGUUAUUAUUAUUAUUAUUAUUAUUAUUAUAAUUACUAUACUACUACUAAACUAUU